UCUCAAUUCCUUCUAGGUAAUGAACUGAACGUUCAACAAUCGAUAUCUACGACAGAUAUUGGUUUAUAUCGGACUGCCGACGACAACAGGCGCCAUGGUUCGCAAGCUUAAGCACCACGAGGAGCGCUUGCUCCGGAAAACGGACUUCAUCACCUGGAAACAGGAUCACGACCACAGAGACCACUCUGUCAUACGACGGUACAUGAUCCAGAAGCCAGAAGAUUACCACCGAUACAACCGGAUAUGCGGCUCUCUACGACAGCUCGCGCACCGGCUGAGCCUGCUACCGCCCGACAACGCGGUGCGGCGGAAGCACGAGCAGCUGCUGCUCGAGAAGCUGCACGACGCGGGGAUCCUGCCGUCGGCGUCGAAGCUGUCGGCGGUGGAGAAGGGCGCGACGGUGUCGGCAAUGGCGCGGCGGCGGCUGCCCGUGGUGAUGACGCGGCUGCGCAUGGCCGAGACGGUGCAGGCGGCGACGAAGCUCGUCGAGCAGGGCCACGUCCGCGUCGGCGUCGAGACCGUCACCGACCCCGCCUUCUUCGUCACCCGCUCCCUCGAGGACUUCGUCACCUGGACCGCCGGCAGCAAGAUCAAGCGCAACAUCAUGAAGUACCGCGACAAGCUCGACGACUUCGAGCUUCUGUGAUGGCCCAGCGGCUGCUGGCCUCGCCCGCCUGGGGGGCUGCGGGCAGGGGGACAGAGGACGGCGGUGAGAACGAGCGAGACAGGAGUUGGUGGGUGGGUUUGUUCGCUCCCCACUCUACCCUGUUCUCGCUCUUCUAGAGCCAAAGGUCGCGUAUGGCUUCCGCACAGCAUAGCAUGGCGUUUGGGAUACCUGUGGUAGAGAAUUCACUUUGAAGGGAUAAUAUCUUUAGCUUGCACGUCACAGCCCGUAUGAGCAGCACUAUAGGUAUAGACUCUCUAGCGCGUCUAGGAUGAGAGAAACACUCUCCGGAUCCUAACUCUCCUGGCACUCUCGCCACGCUUAUCUUGACUUAUUUCCUUAUACCUACGCAAAUCACCAUCGUCGAUAUCCGCCACAUCGUCGGGUCUUUAAACAGGUGCUGGCCCGAAAAUUUUUUUCUGGGAUUGUGAUAUCCUUGGAGAAUUAUUUUUGGAACCCCUACACGCCUAUGAGAAAUGAUUACUUCCUUUUCAUCCUAUUUAGGGCUCCCCAUG